GUAAAAUUUGAGUAAAUGAUAAAUAAGGACAAUUAUGUGGGUUUUUAUCAAUUCAAUGAAUUGAUUAAAAAAUAGUUAUUGAAUGAAAUUGAAAGUGAAUGUCUUGAUUUGUCAAUUAGUUUUUUGUAUGCAUAUCAUAUAAUUUUCAGGCGAAAUUCGCAAAAAUUUUAUAUGAAUUUGAUACAAAUACAUAAUCGCAUGAAAAACAUGCAAAAAAUUAUUCGCAUGAAAACUGUACAUUUUUCAUGCGAAUAUCAUGCAAACGUAUUCGCAUGAUAUUCGCAUGAGAAACUUUUCGUCUGAUUUUCGCAUGAUUAGCGCAUGAUUUUCAUGCGAAAAGGAAAUCGCAUGAAAAUUAUGCGAGCCACUUUUCCCUGUGUAGGAUUCGUCUUCAUGUUCACCUUAAUGUCGUCUGCCAUGAUCGUCUGCUGUAUGUCUCUUGAUCGCUUCUACGCGAUAUUUUUUCCAAUCCUGUACAACACUCCGACAAAGAAUCGUCGAGUUCUGGUUAUGCUUGGGGUAGCUUGGACGUUAGCGGGGAUCCUUAGUUCUCUUCACCUAUAUGGCUUAGGCUCCAGUUUGAACUACUACCCGGGGUCCUGGUGUUUUCUGGACUUCAUCGACAUGUCGGUGUCAUCGAAUGUCAUCUAUUCCUACAUUUACGCCACCACUGGAGCAGUGGUCGUCAUACUGACGGUGACCGUCAACUUCAUCGUCAUCGUGUUUUUCAUUCGUCACAAGUUCAAAAAAUCGACAAAAGCAACCAAACACAAGGAUCUUUCAGUGGUUCUUUUCUUGCUGACUAUUGUUUUAGUCUUCACUUCCUGCUGGGCUCCACUAAUGGUGAAUAUUUUUCAGCACGCUUCUUUUGCUAUAACUGGACAGGGAAAGACGGAACUAAAUCUUUUGCGCAUGGCGGUGACCAACUCAGUUAUUGACCCUUGGAUUUAUAUUCUUUUCCGGAAGGAAUCGCUUGUCAUGCUGUUGAAUCUUAAGAAUCGUUUACUAAAAGAUAACAGCUCUCAACAAACAAGUACAUCAAGAUCAGGACUCUCAGAGAACAGAUAAACAACAAGACAAAUCAUCAACAUUUUAAGUCGAACCCUUAAGCUGUAGUUCUUAGAAUUAGUAUAGGUAUUAGAAUACCUCCAUUUGAAAAACGAUAUUGUAAACUUGCACUUUUUUUAUUGGCAACCCAGAUAUGAUUUAUUGCUAUUAUAAACAUUUAUUUUUUAAAAAUAAUUUAGUAGUCGUUCUGAAUAUAAUUUUUUGGACGUUUUUUGCGAAUAAAGAGGUUAAAUUAAAUAAGGUAUCUCAUCAUUUGCGUACUAGUGCAUUAGCUUUUAAAAGUAAUUCUGAAAAGGGUCAGCUGCAUUAUGAAUUAUCUUUGUAAAGCUGCAUUAUGAAUUAUCAUUGUUAAAGCUGCAUUAUGAAUUAUCAUUGUUAAAGCUGCAUUAUGAAUUAUCAUUGUUAAAGCUGCAUUAUGAAUUAUCAUUGUUAAAGCUGCAUUAUGAAUUAUCAUUGUUAAAGCUGCAUUAUGAAUUAUCAUUGUUAAAAGGUAUGAAUCAUUUUAUAUUGAUGUAAGACCUCAAUUAUUAAAUUAUGUUUAAAUUUCAUCUGGUUAUUAAUGUUUGUAUGCUUUUGCAGUAAUUACAUUUGUAUGUCACAAUAUAAUUAUGUAUCUGAAUCGGACAAGAAAAACUUCCCAAAUCUCAUAUUUUUCUUCUUGUAAAAAGCUUUAAUUUCUAGAUUGGAUAAGUUUAAUGAAUGAACAGAUUUCAAGUAUUACUAUUAAUUGUGUAAACAAAUGAUCAUCAUAUGUAUGAAUACGUGUAAAUAGUUAAAAUUCACUAUUAAAUUGUACUUUGCAUGCAUAUGCUUUUACAAAUAAAAUCAAUAUUGCUGGA